UGUAGAGGAGCGUGGCCAUGCCGCGUGAUCCCGAUCAGUCGAUGAACGGGCAGAACGGGAGGAACGAGAACCAGCUGCGUCGCAAAUGGGAACGAAAUUAAAUUCGACGAUGACAGUCAACGUUUCCCCUCAUGAUUGUCAACCGACGUCGACGACUCGUCUCCCCGCAAUAAGUCCACGUCGCCGUGACUUCGAUCAACGUAAUUGUAAAUGUAGUUGCUGGAUUCGGGCCGGGAGAAUUGACGUAGAUGGCGCGACGAUUGCUGUCAUCAACGGAAGUGACGUCGCACGAUGGCGAACAGUCUAUUUCCCUUUUCUUUUUCACGCGACAGCCACCAUGCCGCCUAAAAAGGAUACAAAGAGUUCUUCUAAACAGCCUCAGAAAACACAGAAGAAGAAGGAGGGUGGAUCUGGUGGAAAGGCCAAGAAGAAGAAGUGGUCCAAAGGAAAAGUACGUGAUAAGUUAAACAAUCAAGUACUCUUCGACAAACUCACAUAUGAGAAGCUGUUGAGAGAAGUACCGCAAUACAAAUUGAUUACUCCAUCGAUUGUUAGCGAAAGGUUAAAAAUUAGGGGAUCUCUCGCAAGACGGGCACUGAUAGAACUUCAGCAGAAAGGCUUCAUCAAGCAAGUUGUGCAGCAUCAUGCACAACUUAUCUAUACACGUACUACUAAGGGGGAUGAUCCAGCAGUAUAAUAUGUAAACAUCAAUUUAAUAAAAAAAAUUUAAGCCAA